AUGACGGACGCAGACGAGGGGUUUCAGAAAUCCUCCAACCUGGAGGUCAACGCACUGGACAACUUGAAGCCAGAAGAAGGCGCCGUCAUCGCGCCAGACCAGUUUGACGACCGAUACCAAACUACCAGAAGAGAAAUAUGGUCUUAUUACUCUUACUACAUCGGUAACAAUGGCUUGACAUUAUUCAACUUCGCGCCCACGGCGUUUCAAAAUCUUUUGUCGCAAGCAGCGAAUGCAAACGGCUAUCUGCUCUUCGCCGGCAAAAUGCGCUCAGUCAACAGCAUCGUACUCCUCUGCAACGGCAUCUCCUUCGCCAUCCAGAUCGUCGUAUUCCUCAUAAUCGGCUCAUUUGCCGACUUCGGCACCUGGCGACCAAACAUCCUCAUUGCGCUGUCCAUCGUCGCCUGGGCCAUCGGCUUUGCCUGGCUCGGCGUGCACGACGCAAGCAAAUGGGAGGCUGCGACAGGCCUGUACAUCGUCGGCUUGAUCGCGUACCAGACUACGCUGACUUUCUGGACAGCUGCAUUCCCCGGUCUGGCUCGCAACACACGGGAAAUGAAGCAGAAGGCCGAUGAAUUGAUUUCCGGCUCAAUCACGCGCGAGGACUAUGAUUAUGCAGACACGAUGAAGAGAAGUCAACUGUCUAAUAUUGCGUUUUAUGUGCAGUCUGUCGCGGAGAUAUUCAUUCUCGCUGUUAUUGUGGGCGUCAUGUUCGGAGUGGAUGUUAAUGCGAGCACGCAGAAUAAUAAUUGGGGAUUGAGUGAUCUCAUCGCUUUUGCGACUGGGGUUUGGGUGCUGGUUGCAAUUCCAUGGUUUGUCUGUGAGAAGAGACGUCCAGGACAAGACCCUGCGCCACGAAACAUCAUCAUGGCCGGUCUGUGGCAGUUGUACCAUGCGGGAAGGCAGAUACUUCAUUUGAAGCAGAGCCUGAUAUACCUAAUUGGCUACUUCCUCCUCGGAGACUCGCUCAACACUACUGUCACAGUCAUAGGAACACUCCAAAACACCAUUGUGGCUUACAACACGCUGCAGCUGACAUAUCUCUUAAUCGUCGGCAUUGCCGCGCAGGCCAUCGGCAUCUACGGCUUCUGGUACAUCCAACAGCGCUUUCACCUUAGCACAAAAACCAUGUUCAACCUCAUCGCCAUCGGCAUCAUCCUACUCGACGGCUGGGGCAUGAUCGGCAUCUGGACGCAACGCUUCGGCUUCCACAGCGUCUGGGAAGUAUGGGUAUACCAAGCCUACUACGGCCUCUUCGUGUGUCCCUGGUACUCGUACAGCCAAAUCAUGAUAUCCGAGGUAACCCCGCGCGGCAAGGAAUUUUUGUUCUUCUCGCUGUUCAGUAUCAUUGGCAAGACGUCUUCGUUUAUUGGGCCUAUUGUUUCGUCGGCGAUUAUCGACGCGACGCCCAGCGGGAAUGAGUCGACGCCGUUUUAUUUCUUGUUUGCGUUGAGCUUGGUGAGUUUUGCGGUUUUGCUGUUUUUUGUGGAUUUGAAAAAGAGUAGGAAGGAGCAGGAGGAGUUUUUGACAUUGGAAGAGAGGAAGAGAGGGGAGGGGUUUCAAUCUUCGGUCGAUGCCUAG